CCUUGUCGACUUGCGGUCAGAUUAUGAUAACAGCAAUCUUGCUUCCGAUCUCGGCUUGAAUGCUGCAAUUGACUGCAAAUGUCGUGACCAUUUCGUCUGACUCAGGCUGUGCUUUGCUUCGCGUCCACAGCACUGAUCUGGCAUGUUGACAGAUGACUUAUCACGCAUAUCCUGCACCUCGUUAUGCUCGUACUUUCGCUGCAAGUGGCCGCUUUGGCGAUAUCCUUGAAACGCAGCACCGCUGAGGCUUGAGCGAUCCUGACAGACAUGGCCGAGAACAGACGCCGAUCAGCUCGGGAACGAAAGGUCAACCCAAAAUAUGCAAACGACGGCUGGGAUAAAGGCACUCUACGCCUCUUGCGAGAGUCCUCUGAAUCGUCUGGCUCGAGUCCAGACGAGGCUGCGGAAGCAGAAGAGCUCGAUACUGAUCUUAGGGUCAGAGCGGUCAAAGCCAGAAGCGGUGGUGAUGCCUCUUCAGCUGAUGGCGAUGACGUCUCCAUGGCAUCAGCUGCUGUGUCGAAAUCUUCGGAUGUUGAUACGCCUGACGAAGAUGAAGAAGAAAACGCAACCCUCGCUUCCGAUGAGGAUGCUGAUGCUGGAGACGCACCACGUCGACGCAAUCGCCGCCUUCCUCGAAGCGCCAUUAGUACAACGGCGCACUCAAGGGGGCUCCCAUCUGGGCACCAGAGCAGCGGAAAGUCUUCAGUCUACCAUCUUACAUUUGGGCCCGACAUCGAAGACUUACAUGAUGUGUUGCAAGCUCGAGACACCUGGUUGAACGGCCGCGACAUUACGCUUCCCAGCCGUGCAACGCUGUCUGCUGCUCAUGCAAGUGAGAAGCCGGUCGGUGAUACAGACAAUGCACCCACGAGUACUGCCAAUUCAUUGGUUGAUCCGCCUACCGACCACCAGAUCCUCACACCUAUUGGCAACGAUGAACUCUAUGCAAAAUAUCUACUACAAGACAAACCAUCUCACUCCGUCGUUCUUGGGCUUUGGGGUGGACAACAACUGUUUCCGUUGGAAUACUGUUCACCCUUAGACUUUGGUCAAGCGUGGCCGAAAGCUUCAAGUCUCGACCAGGCUCAGAUGCCCACAUCACAGGAACAUUAUCACGAGGGUUGGUUGCUCAAUGUCGGUGAAAGAGUACAAUGCCUUGGAUGGGCUCCGGGACAAGAUGGAGUACAGUAUCUGGCCAUCGUUACAAGAUGCACAUCGACGCAGAGAAAUCUGGCAGCGGGUGAGGAAGACAUCCGCCCAGCAUUCCAUCCUUCACCACCAUACCCAUCCGCCAUCCAGAUCUGGGCGUUUCAAACCCAGCCGACCAAAGUCACAGGCAUCCGAACGUUGUCCAUGCGGACAAUGCCCCGACUAGCCGUUGUCAUCGGCACAGACUGGGGCAAUAUCCGCCACAUCAAAUGGCGUCCUCCACCAGCCCCUUCGACAUCACCAGGUCACGAAACAUCACAACACAUAGGCCAUCUAGGCAUCCUCUCUACCGACGGCCACGUUCGCAUCCUCACUAUCCCCUUCCCACCCAGCACAUCUCCGCUAACUCUCCACGCGGACCGCGCAGGCCUGACCAUCCCACCACCACCCAACACACUCUUCACAAGUCUAACAUUCGCAACCCCGACAGACCUCAUACUCGGCUGCGCAGACGGCUCUAUCCACAUCUUUGACCUCGUGGACCCCUCACCAACCCCACACCUCACCCACGACCAGCACAACACAUACAUCCUAUCCCUCUGCGCCGCCACCCCAUCAUCUUUGUCGCAUUUCAUCGCCAGCACCUCAGCAACAGGCGAACUAACACUCACCGACCUCCGCAGCCCGGAACAAGACAGAGUCUCCGUCGCAAGAGCCUGUUUCCCAGCCAAAGAUUUAGUUUUCGCACCCUUCACCCGCACAUUCAUAACGACGCUCGACCGCGCAGGGAAUACACACACCGAGUCAUCCUCCGCAACCUUCAUCGUGGCGCACCACCUCCGCCACUUCCCAACAACCCACCGCAUCGCCAAAUUGCCCGAGCACACUGGUGCGGCGACCGCACUGGCUGGUUCUUACCAACAUCCGUGCAUCCUGGUCGGUAAUGCGAGAGGACAAGUCUUCGCGACGAACUACCUGCGCAAAAUCAUGCCUCACCGCAGAAACGAUCCGCGUUCGAAACCCGGUGCGAUCGCCUGGCUACAGAAGGUGUGCGAGUAUGACUGGAGGCCGGAACGACCCUCUACUGUACACGCCUCGGCUAAAGGGCAGACUGGCGAUACGAUAGACCUGUACCACGGCCACGAUACGAGACGAGGAGUAUCGCGCUUCCACGAGGGCUUCAAGCCCGACAAAGUCGACUUUGGAAUCACGACCAACCCAAAGAAGAAAAUAGAUAAACAGGAUUUGGGCGCCGCGGAACCUAUUUUCGAAGAGGAGAAUGCUGUCACCGCGCUCGAGUGGAAUCCGAACCACUCUUGCGCUGGGUUCGCGGCCAUGGGAUGGGGAAGUGGGAUUUUGAGAAUCCAAGAUCUAGCUCAUGAUAUGGAAUGAUGCCUUGGACACAAUGAUCAGAGUCGUACCAGGAAUUUGUUACCAGACACAAAGGAAGUGUAGGUCACAGUCGAGACAUGAUCACGGAAAACUGACGCAAGAUGACUUGAUCUUGGAGUUAAUGGCCAGCAGGCGGUA